AUGAACGAAACCACUCCUUCCCCGAGUCCCGCACCAGCUCUGAAAGCUUCGCCUGGUUCAAAACCCUCACCCUCACCGACCGCCGGCAUAAAACGCAAGAGAAAUGGCCCAGCAAAAUAUUAUGCCGUCAAGGCAGGUCACAAGCCGGGCAUCUACCAUGGAUGGAAUGAAUGUCUGGCUCAAAUAACGGGGUUCAAGGGAGCAAUUUUCCAAUCGUUUCCCUCACAAGAAGCAGCGAACGCGUUUUUGAAUGGUGUCAAGCUUCCGACGAACGCUUCCUCAGGCGCGGAAACUAGAUUUUACGGGAUCCAACGAGGUCGAGUCCCAGGCGUAUACACCGACUGGAACAAAGCACAAGAACAAAUUCGUGGGUUUGCUCGGCCUAAAUACCGCAAGUUCUCGAGCCGUGACGAUGCAGAGGACUUCGUACGGGAUGGCCAGAAGUCAGUUCCUGCGGUCGGAUUCGGCGCACCUGUAACCGAGACUGAAGCACCAAAAGAUGCAGAAGGGGUCGAAUUUGCACCUGGUGACGGCCCACUCCCCCAGGGAGCUGAAGAUGGCUUUGACCCUAAUGUGCUUCUAGAUCCAGCCACAGGCAAGGUGAUGUACAAGACCACAACCCAAAAGGCAGCAACAAAGACACAAACCACCGGAAUCCCGGGAAUGCUGCGGAUAUACACAGAUGGAAGUUCAUUAAGGAACGGCACCCCGUUAGCAUCGGCCGGAGUAGGGGUAUACUUCGGCCCUGACGAUCAAAGAAAUGUUUCGGAGCCACUCAAAGGUGCUCGUCAAACAAAUCAACGUGCCGAACUGACAGCCAUCCUUCGGGCCAUUGAUAUUGCUCCUCGGCACCGAGAUGUAACCAUAUUCACCGACAGUCGAUAUGCAAUUGACUGCGUAACGGUGUGGUUCGUCAACUGGCGUCGCAAUAAUUGGAUGACUCGUGAUAAGAAGCCAGUUGAGAAUAAGGAUCUGGUUGAGUCAAUCCUUGUGAAGAUCGAGGAACGCAAUGAGCUCAAGGUCAAGACCUUGUUUGAAUGGGUCAAGGGCCACAAUAAAGACUAUGGCAAUGAACAGGCUGAUCGUCUAGCGGUCAACGGAGCCCACCAGGGCGUAGUUGCCAAGGCAGAGGCACUUGAGGUAGCCCAAGAUGUGCCUGACGAGGUUUUUGACGACGAUUUUUACUAA